AGAUAUGUCAAGAAGAAGAUCUCCAAGAUUAAACCAGGACGAAACACCAAUUAAAAUAGAGGAAGAAAGUAACGAACAAUUUAGCGAUACUCUGUGUCGUAAAGAACAAAAACCUAAAAAUGAAAUUAAAAAAAGGCAGCAACAACAAAAGCAUCCCAAACAACUGUAUGACCAAAAACAUAAUCAAAAACAACAGCAGCAAUCCUCCCCACCAACACCGCCUUCUUCUGAUCCAAGUCAUAAUUGUGAUAACGACGAUUAUUUAAAACAUGAAGAUAUUCCUCGAUCAUGGCCGUAUGAUCAAAAUGGAAAUAGUUCUUACAACGGUUCAAGACGUGCAUCUAUUGAGUCAACAACUACCUUAGCAUCAAUUAUAUCAGAAUCGUCAGUAUUUAGAUCAUCCAACAAUUCACAAAUUAAUCCUUCCAGUAAUACCAGUUCACUUACCUCAAAUACUUCUAUAAAUUAUAAUCACGAUGAUAACAAUGCAGGUUCUUCUCUUAGUAGAAUGGCUAAUGACGAGAAAAGCAUGCAAAAUCGCCAUGAUACAGAUCACCAUGAUAUAGAUCGCAACGAUAUAGAUCGCAAUGUCGUUAUGGAUCGCAAUGAUGUCGCUAUGGAUCAAGUAAUUGAUAAUGAUGAUGAUAAUACACGUCAAGAAUUAGACAAUGAUAAAAAUAAGAUUGUGAUAUUGGCUAAAGCGAUUUUCGGGUUAUUAAACGCUAAAUGGGUUGUGGGUACAGCAGUUAUGACGUUUAUAUUGUUUCUAGGUUUCUUUUGCAUUUGUCGAUUGUCAUAUAUAAGUGAUCGAUGUCAAUAUUGGAUAGUUAAAGACAGUGAUCUCAAUUCGGAGUAUACAAAUUAUGUAGAUGCUGGUAGCGAUGUUAAAUAUGAACAUAGCGAUGUAAUAAUUCGAGCUGCAGUUGCGGAACAAGUUAGAAGCUUGUGUGCGGCAGAAAUCCAAAAACGUAUUCAACCUGAAAACAAUGAAAUGGCUAGAUAUCAAAAAUAUAUUCUCGAUGAUGUAGUUGCCGAAAUUAUUAAAAACGAGAUUCACAAAGCGGUAGAAGAAAAAUUGUAUAUUUAUUCACAGGAUAGGUUAAAUAAGGCAGAUUAUGCACUUUCCUCAGGUGGUGCAAAGAUCAUUAGUCCGUUAACAUCUCCAACGUAUGAAAUGUGGCCUACGCAAUGGCAUCAACGAAUUAUGGCAGCAAUAACUGGUCAUGGAAUCACGAGAGGCAAGCCACCAAUAACGGCUCUUCAACCUGAGACUCAUGUUGGCCAAUGUUGGCCUUUUGCUGGACCGAAAGGUCAAUUAGCGGUAUUGUUGAGUAGAAGAAUCUACGUUACAGCUAUAACUUAUGAUCAUGUGAGUAAAGAUAUAGCAAUGGGUGUCACAAGUGCACCAAAAGAAUUUGAAGUAUGGGGAUUUGUUGAUGAUGUUCCAGAAGUGAUUAUCGAUAAUUCAUAUCCAAAACAAGGACAUGAACCAUUAUUAUUGAAACAAACAGAUGAUGUCAUUCAAGAAGAAAAACAAGAAGGUAUUUUUGGCGAUCAUUCCGCCAUUCCAAGUGAUCUAAACGAUACAAAUGACACAAGCAACCCAAAUGACGCAGCAAAUAAUCCAAGUGAAUCAAGUUCAGAUGAAAAAAAUGGUGACGAAAGAGAUUUAAAGCUUGGUUCGUCACCAAAUCAUUUAUUUUUGGGGAAAUUUACUUAUGAUAUAAACGGAUCCACCAUACAAACCUUUGAAGCGCUUAGAUACAGUAAACCGAUAAUAGCUGUUUUAAUGAAGGACAAUUAA